AAUGGAAGAAAACAGAAACGCCAGUUUGGAAGAAGAUUUUGAAGGACAGGCUACACACACAGGGCCCAAAGGCGUGAUCAAUGACUGGAGAAAGUUUAAAUUAGAAAGCGAAGAUGGAGAAUCCUUAUCCUUGAGCAAGAAAGAAAUUCUUAGACAAAUGUCUUCACCACACAGAUCUUUCAGUAAAGAUGAUAAAGAUACCAGAGAGAGAUUCUGCCGUAAGAUGAGUAUGCAGGAGUAUGAAUUAAUUCAGGAUGAGAAAGAAGACGAAACUUGCCUACAAAAAUAUCGCAAACGCUGCAUGCAGGAUAUGCACCAGAGGCUGAGUUUUGGGCCAAAAUACGGCUACUUGUGCGAGCUGCAGAACGGAGAACAGUUCCUGGAAGCCAUUGAGAAAGAACAUAAAACUACCACUGUCAUUGUUCAUAUUUACGAAGACGGUAUCAAGGGCUGCGAUGCACUGAACAACAGCUUAACCUGCCUUGCUGCAGAGUACUCCACGGUGAAGUUCUGCAAGAUAAAAGCCUCCAGCACAGGGGCUGGAGACCGCUUCUCAAGUGAAGUGCUUCCCACUCUACUUGUCUAUAAGGGUGGGGAGCUUCUGAGCAAUUUCAUUAGCGUUUCCGAACAAUUCAAUGAGGAAUUUUUUGCUGUGGAUGUGGAGUCUUUCCUAAAUGAGUAUGGGCUGCUACCUGAAAGGGAGCUUCCAGCACUGGAAAAUGGCAACAUGGAUGAGCAAGAUGUUGAAUAAGUAGAGGACCAUAGUCCUCACUGUCUCCCAUUUCUCUUCUGUAUGCUGUAAUCAA